AUGCAAGCUCCCUCAGGUGGUGGAUAUGGUGGCGGAGAUGGAAUAACUGGACCUCUAAACCCUUUUGUGGUCACUCCACCGCCCCCUGAUGACAAAGAAGAUGAAAUUCCAGGUUAUGUGAAAAGGUUUGGAGCUUAUCAUACUUUGACCGAAGGAGUAUUUCUUCCAGCAGGAACGCUCUUACCUAAAGGAGCUUCUUUCGCUAUGCAAUCUACGAUAGAUUUCGGAUUACAUUUCCCAAAAGGUACGAAGGUUCCUGGAGGAUUCCUAUUACCUGUUUCCGUGGUUAAGAAGGAACCUUCCAAGAAGGAUCUUCCACCUGAGGAGAAUCCAGUCUGUGUGGUACAAUAG